AUGGAGGAACAGGACACUUCAAAAGCCAGAUACAACGACACAAUCACCAUCACGGACUAUGCAAGCUCAUUUAAUCUAAUAGAUAAUGAUUCAACACCAGAUUUAAGAAAUUUGAAAUACAAGACAAACACAGACCAUCUUAAUUGUCCCAUUUGCCAACAACCAUUCAUAACUCCCCUAACUACCAUAUGUGGCCACACUUUUUGUAAAGAGUGCAUACUAGAAUUUGUCAAGUCCUUAAGAAAUGGGACUACUAGUAAUGAUCAUGCUGGUCAUUGUCCGCUAGAUAGAACGCCCAUUGAUCCCGUCAACACCAAUGACUUGUUUCCCACACCACUAAUUGUUACCAAUCUAGUUGAUGACUUGAAAGUGUAUUGUUUAAACAGUGAGCGUGGAUGUGACUGGUCUGGAAGUAGGUGGGAAGUCGACCACCAUGUAACGGAGCAGUGUCCAUACACUGGAGUCAAGUGUGGUGGUUGUCGUUAUGAUGAUAGCAAGUAUUGUGAGUUACUAGUGGAAAGAAGGUACCUUAAGGAUAUUGAGGCAAAUGAAUGUGUACACAAGUUAUUCAAGUGUGAGUUUUGUGAUUCUGAAUUGACAAAGAUUGAUGAAAAUGAGCAUCUUGAGCAGGAGUGUUUGUAUAAUUUUAAAACAUGUGAAUUGUGUGGUAAUGACUCGAUACCACAAAAGAAUAUGGCAAAGCAUCAAGACAAUUGUUUGAAAAUGGGUAAAGUCAAGUGUCCUGCGCAUGAGAUUGGAUGUCGAUGGGUAGGUUCGAAUGAAACCUCAUUGGAAAUACAUCUUCAAAAUGGAAAUUGUCAAUUGAAUCAAUUUCUCCCCUUUUAUACAUCAAUGAAUGAGAGGAUGACUAGUUUAGAGCUGGAAAAUGAGUUUUUGCAACGUCAACUACACAAAAUAUUGGAUUCUAUAAUACAGGGUAAAGUCACCAAUUUGGGAUAUAAUGAAGGCUUGGAGGAAAUCAACAAGUAUUCGGGCGAAGCAGAUCAGGAUAAGCUUAUAUACCUCAAUUUUGAACUAGAUCGACUCAAGUUUGAAAUCAAUGAAAAGCUAAUUCCAUUUAUGAAUAGGUCAAAGAUUAGUGACCAGGAGAAAAUGAUAAAGAACUUGGUUAAUGACAAUUUUAUGAUGAGAGAAGAUAUGAAUUUGCAGCGAAUGAUGAUCAAUAGUUUGAGAAAACAAUUGCAGUUUAUGUUAUUCUCUCGAAACAGGGGUGGUGUCGCUGCCGGUCUUAGUGGGGGACUAGGAAAUGGCACAACGAUGCCGGGCACCCUACACAGUGACGAUUUUGCCACGGACUUGUAUGAACUAGAGUCAAGAAGCAGCUCUGAAGAGAGGUUUAAUUUGAAGUUGUAA